AUGUCGCAAGAAGCAACGGUCCUCUCGCUCUCCAAAGAGCACAUCCUCAAGUGCUUCCAUCGCUUCCGGCAGACCCACCCCGGGCAGCCGUUCGUCGUUGCUGUCUCGGCCCCACAAGGCAGCGGCAAAACGACGCUCACCCGCAGCCUCGAGAGCGAGCUCUCGUCGCUGAAGCUCGGUGUCGUCAGCUUCUCAGUUGAUGACUUUUACUUGACCUUUGCCGAGCAGAAUGCCGUCGCGCAGCAGCCCCUGGCUUCAGGCAGCCCCAAUGCUCUUCUCCAGUACCGAGGCAACCCGGGCACUCAUGACGUCGAGCUGGGAUCUCGGCUGUUUGCCGCUUUGACUGCGAGCCAUGCCGAGCAUCUCGGCGACACUGCGGCCCAAAGAACCGUCUCGAUCCCGAUCUACGACAAAGCCUUGAACCAGGGCCGUGGCGACCGUCUUUCGCCGGGGCUAUGGAGGACCGCCAAACCGCCGUUCGACAUCAUCCUGUUCGAGGGAUGGUGUCUGGGCUUCCGAGCCCUUUCCGACGCCGUGCUGGUCGAGAGAUAUUCGGCCGUCAUUGCCGGCGAUGCCGAAAGCGUUGAUCCCGUCUCUGGAACAUCCAUGGUCAACACCAGGCGCUGUCGGCUCGAGUGGCUGCAGGACAUUAAUGCGCGGCUCCGGCAGUUCGAAGACCAGUGGUAUCCGUUUUUCGAAUGCUUCGUCCAUAUCAUCCCGGAUUCCAUCUCGCACGUCUAUCGCUGGCGGAUCCAGCAAGAAAACUCGAUGCGCCAGCAGCUUGGACAGCCUGAUGCCGGCCUCACCGACGACCAAGUGCGUGACUUUGUGGACCGGUUUAUGCCUCUGUACGAGCUGAUGAUGCCGACGCUCUGCCGAGACGGGCUCCUCGGUGACGGUCGGUACAUUCAGAUCCAUAUCAACGAACAGAGGGCCUGUACGGGCACGCGGGUCAUCUAG